GGCAACUGCCUGGAGCUGCACCGCCUUGCGCAGGUGCACGGGCUGCCCGACCUGCAGGAGGCCUGCCUGCGCUUUAUGGGCGCCCACUUCCACCAGGUGCUGCGCCAGCCCCACUUCCCGCUCCUAGUAUCGGGGGACCCCGGCCUGCAGCAGAAGCUGAGGGAGGCCCGCAUGACGGGCACACCGGUCCUAGUGGCUCUGGGGGAUUUCCUGGGGGGGCCGCUGGCGCCGCAUCCCUACCAGGGGGAGCCCCCGUCCAUGCUCAGGUACAACGAGACGACGGAGCGCUGGUUCCCCCUAGCCAGCAACCUUCCCCCGGACCUGGUGAACGUCAGGGGCUACGGGGCCGCAGUCCUGGACAAUUACCUCUUCAUCGUGGGCGGGUACAGAAUCAGCAGCCAGGAGAUCGCCGCUGCGCAUUCCUACAAUCCCAGCACCAACGAGUGGCUCCAGGUGGCCUCCAUGAACCAGAAGAGGUCUAACUUCAAACUCGUGGCUGUUAAUUCAAAACUCUAUGCCAUUGGUGGGCAGGCUGUUUCUAAUGUUGAAUGUUACAAUCCUGAGCAGGAUUCAUGGAAUUUUGUGACACCAUUACCAAAUCCUCUUGCUGAAUUCUCUGCGUGUGAAUGUAAAGGGAAGAUUUACGUCAUUGGAGGAUAUACUACUCGAGACCGAAACAUGAACAUUUUGCAGUACUGCCCCACCUCUGACAUCUGGAUGCUCUUUGAAACCUGUGAUGUCCACAUUCGGAAGCAGCAGAUGGUGUCUGUGGAAGAGACCAUCUACAUUGUGGGUGGGUGUCUGCACGAACUGGGGUCCAACCGCAGAAGCAGCCAGAGUGAGGACACGCUCACCGUGCAGUCCUACAACACAGUCACGCGGCAGUGGCUCUACCUCAAAGAGAACACGUCCAAGUCGGGUCUGAACCUGACCUGCGCACUCCAUAAUGAUGGCAUCUACAUCAUGAGCAGAGAUGUCACCCUCUCGACCAGCUUGGAGCAUCGCGUUUUCCUAAAGUACAAUAUCUUUUCAGACAGCUGGGAAGCAUUUCGGCGCUUCCCAGCCUUUGGACAUAACUUGCUGGUUUCUUCUCUUUAUCUGCCUAAUAAAGCAGAAACAUGACUGACUUGACCUAGUAUUUUCGAAAAUUCUGGUUCAGGAUGCACACGCACAUACGCACCACACACGUACACCAGGGAGACUGAUUUCUAAAGGGAAAAUACAUGUUAAAGUAGUCACGUGUACCAAGAGCAGCUGUAAAUAAGCUUACUUUAAUUAAUUACUUGAAAAAUUGUAAGAAAAAGAGACCAACUUUAUUAUGUUUUAAAUUACUGAUUUUUAAAUUACAGGAGCACAUCCAUGAUUUCAUCAAAAUAUGAUACUAGGUCCAGCAGCUUUCUGAAACAUUGAAAACUAGAUUCAUGAUGUCUGCUUGUUAAAGAGCUAAUUGAUAUGAAUGGUAAAGACACUUUUUAAAGCAGCAUUAAUUUAGAUUUAGGUUACUUGAAAUAGGAUUAAUCAUUUAAGUGAGAGAUACUCUGUCCUGUGUAUCAUUUUACUUGAGAAGCAUAGUUAAUGACAAACAUUAAUUCUAAUGUUGCCAUUCUCUUUUUCUCCGAGUCAUGCUCUGUGUUCAGAUAUUUAUUCAUGCACUAUUUUUCCAGGAAACCUACAAUAAUGAAAUGUUAGCGUGGAAUCUUCAAUACAUUAAUUCCCACCACAACUUGUAUAAAAUCAUUCCCAUCUAUUUUUCCAGGUUUUUUUUUUUUUGCCAAUUAUGGAUGCUGAAUAAAACUAAUAAAAGCUCUUAACUGCUCUCCUUGAGGAAAAGUGAUAUCAUAAAAUGUACAGAUCUGUUCCUGUUACACAUUCUAUCUUCCCAAGCACUGCUGGCAGCCAAGAAUAACGAAGUCUUAGUAGGAGUCCAUCUCUUGAAGAGGCCACGGUAUACAAGCAAACACACGUUCAUGUGUGCGUAUAGUAUACACACUCAUCAAAUCUGGUGUGUAAGAGAGCUCUGUGGAUCAGAGUAUACCUUCACUUUGUCCAUGUGUUUAAUCAUCAGUAC